GUGUAGUAGAGACGCAAUUUUUGUGAGACACUUUGUUGACAUGUCGGCGGUGGACUUCAGAGACAACCUCCUCGGGAUUUCCUGGGUGGACAGCGGCUGGGUGCCGAUUCUUAAUCCUGGAAAUGUAUUGGACUACUUCUCUGAGAGAAGCAACCCUUUCUAUGACCGAACCUGUAAUAAUGAGGUAGUGAAGAUGCAGCGGCUCACUCUGGAACAUCUAAAUCAGAUGGUGGGAGUGGAGUACAUCCUUCUUCAUGCUCAGGAGCCAAUUCUUUAUAUAAUCCGAAAACAACAGAGGCAGUCACCAACACAAGUGAUACCCUUGGCUGACUACUACAUCAUAGCAGGAGUGGUGUAUCAGGCCCCAGACCUGGGAACAGUGAUCAGCUCCAGAGUGCUUUCUGCCGUCCAUGGAAUACAGUCAGCUUUUGAUGAGGCUAUGUCAUAUUGCCGCUACCACCCAUCCAAAGGAUACUGGUGGCACUUCAAGGACCAGGAGGAGAGAGAAAAAGCCAAGCCUAAGUCAAAGAAGAAAGAGGAACCAAGUUCAUUGUUUCAGAGGCAUCGUGUGGACACACUCCUUUUGGACCUUAGAUCAAAAUUUCCACCAACAUUUUACCAGCCUAAGCCUGGUGAGAAGCCUAUUCCAGUUGAGGUGAAAAAGGAGCCUGAGCCGCCCACAGAAACUGUAAAACAAGAGGAGAGGGAACCAGCCACAAAGUCCUCCGCCCCAGCUCCACCAAGCAAACCUCCUCCUGAGAAGAGAGCAAGGCUGCAGUGACGGCCACACCUCUCACACUGUGUGAAGAUGGAGCAAUGCAGUGUAAAGUCCAACAGCACUAACUGGACAAGAGUUCAGUAUCGGGAGUGUUUCUGUUCCUCUUCCAGAACUGCAAGAUGGUCUGUCACUCUGCUGGUUUGAUCAGUUUUCAGGAUACUAAGAAUGAACUGGCACAAAAAGUGUCAGUUGCUUGUCUCAGUGCCAGGACUACUUUUACACUGUAACUUUAGUCUUGUACACUUGAUAGGUUUGGCAUCAGGGACAUUUCAGGCAGCUGUACUACAAACAGGGGUUAACUGUUCGGUGUCAGCAGGCAUUUUGCAGUGGAUGAGCUUUUUUUUUUUCAUUAUAAGCUGACAUCAGCACCAGUAUCAGUUUACUGUUGACAUCAGCAUAAUGUUUGUGUUUUAGUGACUUCAGAGGACUGUUUAAUUCCUUGUCUGCUUCACAGGAAGAUGUUGUCAUGAUGCAUCAUCUCAUCUGAAAAGCAAAAAGCUCCUUCACACAGACUCCUCUUUAAUUACAAACACUUGUAUCUGUUUUCGAAAGAAAUUCUCAUGUGCUUUCAUGUGUUUUUGUAUUAAAAUGUUUCUGCUGUUGUA